AUGUCUGAAGGCAGUGUCAAGCCCCCCAUCCCCGUCGUGGCUGAGGCCCACCAGGUCGAUACCUUCCAUCCUCCCCAGAAGAUGUUUACCAAGCAUCCCAGCAAAUUGCAUAUCAGCGGUCUCGAGGAAUACCAGACCAUGUACAAGGAGUCCAUCACCGAGCCGCACAAGUUCUGGGGCAAGAUGGCCCGCGCCCUCCUCACCUGGCAGCGCGAUUUCCAGACGGUGCACGCUGGCACCUUGGAGAACGGUGACAACGCCUGGUUCCUCGAGGGCCAGCUCAAUGCUUCGUUCAACUGCGUCGAUCGGCACGCCAUCAAGAACCCGGAAAAGCCAGCCAUCAUCUACGAGGCUGACGAGGCCGGCGACGGUCGCACCCUCUCAUACGGCGAGCUGCUGCGCGAGGUCUGCAGGACUGCGUAUGUGCUCAAGCAGAUGGGCGUCAAGAAGGGCGAUACCGUGGCCAUCUACCUGCCCAUGAUCCCCGAAGCGCUCAUCGCCUUCCUGGCCUGCGCCCGGAUCGGGGCGGUGCACUCCGUCGUCUUCGCCGGAUUCUCCUCGGACUCCCUCCGCGACCGCGUGAUCGAUGCCCAGUCCAAGGUGGUCAUCACCACCGACGAGGGCAAGCGAGGUGGGAAAUUGAUUGGCACCAAGAAGAUCGUGGACGACGCGCUGAAGCAAUGUCCGGAUGUCACACACUGCUUGGUCUACAAGCGCACGGGCGCCGAUGUCCCCUUUACCCAGGGCCGCGACUGGUGGUGGCACGAGGAGGUCGAGAAGUGGCCGAAUUACAUCGCACCCGAGCCGAUGAACUCGGAAGAUCCGCUGUUCCUGCUCUACACGUCGGGCUCGACCGGCAAGCCGAAGGGUGUGAUGCACUCGACGGCGGGAUACCUGCUCGGCGCUGCUGCGACGGGAAAAUAUGUUUUUGACAUCCACGAUUCCGACAAGUUCUUUUGUGGUGGCGAUGUCGGUUGGAUUACCGGUCACACGUACGUCGUCUAUGCUCCGCUACUGCUUGGCGUGGCCACCGUUGUGUUUGAGGGAACGCCGGCGUACCCCAACUUCUCGAGAUAUUGGGAUAUCAUCGAGAAGCACGAGGUGACCCAGUUCUACGUUGCUCCAACCGCCCUGCGAUUACUCAAGCGCGCGGGGGACCAGCACGUCAAGGCGCAGAUGAAGCACCUCCGAGUCUUGGGCUCUGUGGGAGAGCCGAUUGCCGCCGAGGUGUGGAAGUGGUACUUUGAGAUUGUUGGAAAGGAGGAGGCACACGUCGUAGACACGUACUGGCAAACCGAGACCGGAUCCCAUGUCAUCAGCCCGCUCGCAGGUGUCACUCCCACCAAGCCAGGCUCGGCCUCCCUCCCCUUCUUCGGCAUCGAGCCCGCGAUCAUCGACCCCGUUUCCGGGGAGGAGAUCCAGGGCAACGACGUUGAGGGUGUCUUGGCGUUCAAGCAGCCGUGGCCGAGCAUGGCUCGCACAGUCUGGGGUGCCCACAAGAGAUAUAUGGAUACGUACCUGAACAUCUACAAGGGCUACUAUUUCACGGGUGACGGUGCUGGCCGCGACCACGAAGGCUACUACUGGAUCCGCGGCCGUGUCGAUGAUGUCGUUAACGUCUCGGGCCACCGUCUCUCCACGGCGGAGAUUGAAGCCGCGCUGAUUGAGCACCACGCUGUGGCCGAAGCCGCCGUCGUCGGCGUCAACGACGAGCUCACCGGCCAAGCCGUCAACGCCUUCGUCGCCAUCAAGGACGGCAACGAGGCCACCGAUCAGCUGCGCAAGGACUUGAUCCUGCAGGUCCGGAAGAGCAUUGGGCCGUUCGCGGCGCCGAAGGUCGUCUUCAUCGUGCCCGACUUGCCCAAGACGCGGAGCGGGAAGAUCAUGAGACGGAUCUUGAGGAAGAUCCUCGCGGGCGAGGAGGAUCAGUUGGGGGAUACUUCGACGCUGUCCGACCCGAGUGUAGUCGACAAGAUCAUCGAGACGGUCCAAGAAUCGAGAAAGAAGUAG